AUGUCAAACGCCAACCCAAGUCUCGAAAGUAUCCUUUCCAGCACCAGAGACAGAUUAGACCUUCUGAGCACCAUCCAGAGUUUCUUCCUCAGAAACAAAUGCCAAGCUAUUUGGCACAGCGUCGAAAAUAGAGACACUAUGUACCCCGACCCUGGAAUAAUCUGUAUGACGAAGAUGUUGAAGAUGACGGAGGAUUUGAAAGACACAGCCCUGAAGAGAAUGUUCAUAUACAGAACUUCGGCUUCAAAGAUCCCGCACUUGUGGGAGGAAGUGAUGAGGUCUGCAGACGAAGACGAGGACAAUAAUCAGAAAUCUGAGAAAGAUAUCAGAACAGGCUGGCCCAGACAUACUCCGCACACGCUGGUUGAAGGAGAACGUAUUCAUGGAGCUCUUGGGUCAGAAGUCAAGGCAUUCGACAAAGUUCUGCUACAAGAAGCUGAUAUACAGUCUCAUAAUGGUAUGCGGACUCUGAUUAGCUCUGAGGAGAAGGAAAUGAAGCCUUGGAAGAGGUUAUCUGAUAGGAAAUGA